AUGCCUGCGGAGAUGGAUCAAAUUCCAGUGAUAGAUAUCAGUCCAUUGGUUUUGGACGGAAUCAAGAAGAUGGCUGCAGCUCAACAAAUCGGGGAAGCCUGUCGAAGCUACGGCUUCUUUUACAUCAAAGGCCACGGCGUGGAUGAGGUAUUGCAAAAUCAGCUGGAAAAUGGAAGCAAGAAGUUCUUCUCUCUUCCUCUGGAAACUAAGAUGAAAAUUCACAUGAGUCUUGGGGGACGGGCGUGGCGGGGAUAUUUUGCAUUUGGAGAGGAAUUGACAGGGGGAAUGGCGGAUCAGAAGGAAGGACUAUACUUCGGACAAGAACUACCCAUAGAUGACCCACUGGUCAAGGCCCAAGUUCCACUUCAAGGCCCAAAUUUGUUCCCGGAUGACGACCUCCCGUCAUUUCGCCAAGUGAUUGUGGACUACCAGAAGGCAAUGACGUCUGUCGGGCAGACCCUCAUGCUUGGAAUAGCUAUCAGCCUUGGGCUUCCUGAGGACUACUUUUACCUCCGCUACACUCGAGAACCCACGGCUCUCUUCCAAAUCAUGAAUUACCCACCUGCGAAGGACCCAUCUGACUUCAAGUGGGCUAUUUCCGAGCACACUGACUACGGCAUCUUAACCGUGCUGAAGCAAGACAAUGCCGGUGGACUUGAGAUCAAACGUCCCUCCGGAGAGUGGAUAAAGGCACCUCCAAUUCCAGGAACUUUUGUCUGCAAUAUUGGCGACAUGUUGGAUCGUAUGACUGGGGGCGUUUUCAAAUCUACCCUUCACCGAGUUCGAAGUCCAUUGACAAACGUGCCCAGACUUUCUUUUCCAUUCUUCUUUGAUCCCAACUUCUUUGCGGAUGUUCAACCUAUUGCUGGCAUUACCCUGCAGCCGGACGACAAGGACCAGCGAUGGGACAAGGAAAGUAUCCACAAGCUUAGCGGAGUUUACGGAGAUUAUUUGGUGAAAAAAGUGUCCAGGGUCUUUCCUCUCCUUAAGACCCAAGUGCUGGAAUAUUAGCGUUGAUUAAAUUAAAAACAAACAACUUCAGUCAAACAUUUCAGCAUUCAUUCGGCAUCGAAAGCAUCAUCCAAGUUAUACUCUAAUUAUUUAUUUAGUAGUUUUAUGUUACGAGUGGCACAAUUUGAUUUCUUAACGUUAAAUUAAUUGGACUUACUC